AAGUUAGUGACCCACAGUGGUUAGAGCGGUUAUUACAACAGCAGUUCGUUUUCAUGGAGCAAACAGCAACAUUGUCUCACGCUGGCAGCCCUCUCGACACAAAAGUUGUGUUUUGCUGCUCCUGAUAAACCUUCAGAACCAUGGGAGAAACAACUUCAUCCAUCCAUGAAUCACAUGACCAUGACCAUGACCAUGACCAUAACCAUGACCAUGACCAUGACCAUGACCAUAACAGCACAUGUGAGUUAGAUGUAGAAUCAUACCACUCUGCCCUAAUAGUGGUCUACAGUCUGCUGUUUCUGGUGGGCUUGAGCCUCAACGCCUUGACCUUGUGGUUUCACUGCCGUGGAGAUCAUACACACAUAGCAAAGAGCUGGAUGAUCUACCUGAAACACCUGACAGCGACUGACUUUCUGGCCUGCAUCAGCCUCCCCAUGCGCAUUAUUUACUACGCCAAGAGCACAUUCACCAUCCACCUGCUCUACUGCAGCGUUGGAGCCCCGAUCUUUUUCAUAAAUUGGACUGCCAGCAUCCUCUUCGUGUCAUAUAUAGCAGCUAACAGAUACAUGAAGAUAUCUUAUUCCACAGAAACUCACUUCCUGAUGACUCCCAAAGCCAGCCACAUCAUCUCAAUAACCACCUGGGUUGUUCUCCUGACCAUGACAACACCUUACUCCAUCCUGAUGCUGAUCAAAGAGAAACAUCAUGAUGACAAAGACAGCACGUGUGAUCAUCUGAUCAUAGGAAGUGUGCAACUAAUGCGCACAUUCAGUCAUGCUUUUGCUUUCAUCAUCUUCCUAUCAGGACUCUUCUCUCUAGUCUUUUUCUACUACAGCACCUCCCGCAGGGUGCUGGAGGUACAGCAGACCCAACCGGCCUCCUCCAACUCCAAGAAGCUUGUAAAGUCUCGUAGGAACAUGUUGGUGUUGGUCAUUGUGUUCUGCUUGUGCUUUGUUCCUUAUCACAUUGUUCAAGUUCCAUACAUCAUACUUGAAGGACAAUGUUCGCUAGUGCUGUACUACCUCAAGGAAUUUUCCGUGUUUCUAUCAGUUUCUAACAUCUGUCUGGAUCCGCUUAYUUACGUCUUUCUUUGUAAGGAGUUCAGGGAUCAGCUUAACCUGAAACAAAUAUUCUGCAAAGAAAGCAACAGAAACACCGCCAGUUUGGAGGCAGGAGACAGCGAAGAUCAGAUGAACAACAUGAAAACCACCAGUCCCAUCAACACCAUGUCAGAGCUCCAGGAUCAAAGUGGGCAAUAAAACUGGCAGCAGUCAGAGUUCCUUAAUGUUCAUUUAAAAAUAGCAUGUGCAAUGUGUGUGUGUGUAUGUGUGUAUGUGUGUGUACUAACUGUGUAAAUAAGUGAUAUAAAGCAUAACUGGAUCACUUUUGAAUACAUGCUUAUGAAUUUAAUCUGUCUGCUUCCAUUUACCUCUAACUUUCAGCUGGUAUACAUGGAUUUCCUGCUGUGGACAUUAAAUGAUUAACUUGU